AUGGGCAAUACUGAUUUAGCGAUAGAAGAGCACGUGUUUGCCAUUUACACAAACGCUGUUUUCACGCAAGUUCAAAAGGAGAUAAUUAAAGGGAAGUUUUUAUGCUACAUCACAAACCAAACCGAGUCCAGCAAUUCCAGUCUUUUGAUAGACGUUACUCAUUUGGAUAAAAGGAACAACAUCACAAACGUCUAUCAGGUUAUGUAUAACACUGUAGACCAAUCCGCCAGUUGCUCAUGCAGGAAUUUCACACGUAUCGGAUAUCUGUGUCGCCAUGUCUUUUGCGUCUAUCGAUUGAAAAAUGUUGAAAGGAUUCCACCCCAAUACAUAAACGAUAGGUGGCGCCGAGAUGCCCUCCCCAAACAGGUUUUUUCAAUUUCCAGCCGAUACGGAGUCAACCCACACGCACCGUCCAUUAUGCGGAAUGAAAUCCUCGACCUCGUUACUGAAUGCGUUGAUGUGGCCAGAACCGAUGAGGAUUCGUUGGCAAAAUUGGUUGACCAACACAUGGAUUUCAAGAUCAAUGUGCUUUCCAAGCAACCAUUGUUCGAAGUUGCUAAUCCAGAAGUUGCACGCAAUAAAGGAUGUGGUACUCAUACUCGCAUUUCCGGGCCCGGUGAGAAGGCAAAGGCAAAACCACCAAAACGUCCAAAGCAGCUUCGUUUAUGCAAGCGUUGUGGUCUGUAUGUCGACGACCACGACUCACGCAACUGCGUUAAGGUGGCUGCAAUGAAAGCAGCAAAGGCAGCUGCUGAACAACAAAGGCAGACUGCCCCUGGUGCCUCACCCUCUGAUUAA